CGACCGCUGAUGGCAAACCCGGCAAGCACCACCACCACAUUGAUUGAACGUUGUGGAUUGGUGUGACAUUGACCACAACCACUAGCAGCAGCAGUAGCAGCAGUAGCAGUCGCAAGGACGAAGGCUUUUUUUAUCUCUGCCUUCCCCCCCCCCUCUUCUUCUGUGGAAGUGCAUCUCUGUGUUUCUUCAUUGCCCUUCUUUCUUGCCGUCCUUCUUUGUUUCUGUUCAUUGUUGUUGCCAUCAUGGGCAUGAAGCGCAUGGUGGCGGUGCUGGUGGCGGCCGUGACGGCCGUGGCCAUGGUGGGCGUGCUGGUGGCGACGCACUGGUCGCACGCCGUGCCGCCGUCGGUGGCUGCGCAGGGCGGCUACGCCGUGCACAACGGCCAGGUGCUGCCAGGUGUGCGGGGGAAGCGCGUGCAGGUGGUGGACGCCCAGGGCGUCGUGGACGUGAUGAACCAGCUCGUUGGAGAGAUGAACCAGCGCAUCGAGGUGCUUCAGAGCGAGAUCGACACCCUGGCCCAGCGGCAGGAAGUGCUCAUCCAGGCCAACGCCGAUGUGUCCGAGGUCAGUGCAGCCCCUGGUGGUCACGCUGGAAAUCAGCAGCAACAGCAACAACAACCGCAUGCACAACACAUGGAACCACAUCACCAACAACAGCAGCACGAGCAGCAACGGCGAGAUGCUGGUCAACAACAAGCGCCACAAGCGCCGCCACAGCAACAUCAGAAGUCGCUCAACAUGGAUGUGAGCGCGCUGCGGCAGCGUGCGGCAGCAAUGAACCGUGCGCAGACGAUCCAGAACCCAGCGAUAUGCAAGCAGCACUUGCUGAACAACAACGACGAUCUCGUUGUGUUUGUUGUCAUGGCCCACAACCGUCUCAACUACUUUGAGGCCCUGCUGCAGUCCAUGCGGGCUGUGCGCUACAUCGAGGACGCCGUGCUUGUGGUGAGCCAGGACAUGUUCAGCUCGGAGCAGGACGCACUGCUGGACAGCAUCGACUUUAUGUGCGUGAUCCGCGUCUUCUACCCGGGCUCCUUACAGCUGAACCCGGACCAGUUUCCCGGCACAGAUCCAAACGACUGCCCACGUGACAUUUCCAAGGAGGAGGCGCUGCGGAUUGGCUGCAACAACGCCCGCAACCCAGACCAGUAUCACCACUACAGGGAGGCGCAGUUUACGGUGAUCAAGCACCACUGGUGGUGGAAGCUCAACUUUGUCUUCGACCACAUGCCUGUGCUGAAGAAUCACAACGGAUUGAAAGUCCUUCUUGAAGAGGACCACUAUCUUGCACCAGACACAAUUCACAUGCUGUUGAAGACGUGGCGCGUUGCUCAAGAACAGAAGCACACCUCAGACAUCAUCGUCCUAGGCGACUAUGACGCUGGUCACGGUGCGUUUGCCGGUAACGUCGUGCACCGCCAGCCGUGGGUGUCCACGAAACACAACAUGGGCAUGGCACUCUCACGCCAGCUCUUUGACAAGAUCAAGCAAUGUGCACGCAUGUUCUGCGAGUUUGACGACUACAACUGGGAUUGGUCACUCUUCGCGGUGUCUGCUCGCGGCUGCAUCGAUCAGAUGGCCAUCCAUGCGCUUGUGAUGGCUGGUCAGCGGAUUCAGCACCUGGGCGUGUGCGGCGUCCACAGUGCCGGCAAGGACUGCUCUGGCACAGAUGCCAUUGAACGUGCAAAGCGGUUCAACGCGGCAAAUGCUGCGCAAAUGUUCCCACAAUCAUUGCAGGUCGUGACAAAGACAGGACAGGCGCCGUUUGUGCGUGCAGGUUAUGGGGGCUGGGGUGACCCGAGAGAUGUGAACCUGUGCUUGUCGUUUGCGGGCAUUGAUACGGGUGACAGCAACACCAACCUCUUCUAGACAGGAAACUGCCCGCCACAGACAGGCACCAACUAUGUGACAUGACCCCAUCGUAACCACAAUACGAACAUGGGAUCAUGCAUGCGUGUGUGCGUGUGCUGUGCGUGUUUGUGUGUGCUAUGUGUGGUUGUGUUUACGUGUGCUGUGUGUUUGUGUGUGCUGUGCGCGCACGUGUGUGGGUCGCAAGCUGUGUUCUGUUGGGGCGUGUGUGUUUCUGACCUGUGAUACCUGUCAUGAGCGUGUUUGUUCCAGUACUGUUGUCAGUUCCUUCGAGCUUUGUUUGUUUGUUUAUAUGCAACCUCUUGGGUUCACGAAAAGAAGACCGUAGCAUACAACCGAGCAAGAUCAA